ACGCGACUGCGACGGGGACCCUAACAAGGCACAAGACCAUGCAAAUGGGGAGAUAACACAUAAACUUUUUCGGCCGUCUACUUCAAAAACGACGGUCCCUCUGAACGCACAGUCGUCCUUGACGCAGAUUAGCAAACGAAGGCUUGAGUUCGGCGUGGAUGUGGAGACGUUCAGGGUAAACGAUCGACGAUUGGAGAGACCGGUCAGCGCAAGCUCCAUGGACGAGGACGAGGUCGUGGGCAAGCGGCGGCGGAGACUCCUCGACGACGAGCGCCGAGACGAAGUCGACCUCCAACGUCGCCUUCUACCCGCCCACAGACCUUACGCUAUUCGGCAGCCAGACGAAGACGACGAAUCACUAAUUAGAAAAACACAAGCAGCCCUCAAAUCUCUCUCAGGCAGCUGGCCGCGAGACCAAUCGCCCGCCCACAGCGGUGACGAUAAUGAAGACGCGAAUGGCUUCGAAAAUUUAUUUAACGACAAACGAGAAAAAACGCUACCGUCCUCCCCGUCCCCCUCCUCGGAAAGCGCUGACGCCUCGCAAAAAAGUUUCCCGACUUACCAUCAAGUCGAUGACCAGAUAAACGGUGCCAGCGAAAACGAGGAGAGCACGAGAAAGUCGCAGCGGUCAGAUAGAGAGAGGAGCUACGAAGACAGUAAACACGCCAAGUACUCUAACAACUAUGACGCACCGGGUUUCGACGAGCUGGGCGAUUCGUCUUCCAACGAGUUAGAGAUAGACAUGUCAGAUAGAAACGACGAUAAAUACGACGACGAAAAACCGAGACGUAAAGAAAUAGUUUCCCUAAAUAAGCAGUCCCUGUAUAAUGCGUAUAAGGCAGCUACGGCUGGGCUGCCGUACUCGACGCAGUCUGCGUUCAAGCCGCCUGCGGAGGUGAAGCACAGAUUGCACGGGUCGAUUCCGAGUGAGCCUUUCGGGGGUUAUUCUAACGACCACGAGAAGAGUAAUAAAGGGCCGAAGCAGUACACGGUUCUGCAGCCGGCUGGAGCUGGGUCGCGCGCGGCCACGGCGCUGCAGGAGGCGCGGACCGUGCCCUCGGCGCAGCCCGCGCGGGACUCCCGGCCGCUCGCCGCGCUCUCCCCGCCGGUCGUCAGAGAAGGCAACAAGUGUCCCACUCCCGGCUGCAAUGGGCAGGGCCACGUCACCGGCCUUUACACGCACCAUAGAAGUCUGUCAGGAUGCCCAAGAAAGGAUAAAGUUACACCUGAGAUCUUGGCGUUGCACGAGACAAUCUUGAAGUGCCCCACACCGGGGUGCAACGGCAGGGGUCACGUCAGCUCCAACCGCAGCACGCACAGGUCCCUCUCAGGGUGCCCCACGGCCGCGGCGAGGAAAGCCGCAGCAAGAUCGCAGCGAGUUAGACCUGCAGUGCCAAUACAAACCUCAAUCACCGCGACGAGCGAAACCGUGAGCGUUGUAAGCGUUGCGAGCGCGCAACGCGAGCGCGAGCGCGAAGCGGCGUCGCCGCGCAGUCCCGCCGUGAAGCGAGAAGCGGCCGAGCUGCUCGUCCCGAAGCGCGAGGCCGCCGAGCCCGAGCGCGACUCCCCCGGCAUGGAGACGCGCCACGCCGGGUACGGCGCGCCGCCCGACCAGCGAUCGCCGUACGAGCGACCGCCCGAUGACCACGUUCGAUCGUAUAGCAACGGUAACGUAGCUACGACGCUUGACGUGACUUCGAACACUAUAAAGCGACAAGCGGCCGAGCUGCUCGUCCCGAAGCGCGAGGCCGCCGAGCCCGAGCGCGACUCCCCCGGCAUGGAGACGCGCCACGCCGGGUACGGCGCGCCGCCCGACCAGCGAUCGCCGUACGAGCGACCGCCCGAUGACCACGUUCGAUUCUAUAGUGCGGAACGAGACGGUAACCCAUACAUCCUCUGCAGAGGAGUGCCAGGCUGGCUGCCCGGCGGCGGCGAGCUCCCGGCGCACGGCCAGGAGCACGCCGCCGCCGAGCCGCUGCCCUGUGGACUGUUGCAGGAGACUGGCCAAAUGAACGAAACACGGUACGGCUACGAAUCCCGGUGCUACGAGGGCGCCCCUGCCUUCGAGCGAUACGACCCUGCACAAUGUCCGCAGCGGCCGUACGGCUGGGAGGAGGAACGGUACCACGACCCCCAUCUCCCCACGCCUAUGAAAACCGACCAGUCCGAGGAGACCAGCUCCGGCCCUAUAUACCCUAGACCAAUGUACCACUACGAAACGAGUAGCGGCGUAGGGGGCGUGGGUGGCGUGGCUGCGAUGGGCCCCGGCGUGCCCCCCGGGUUCUCGGCCAUCAACCUGUCCGUGAAGAUAGCGGCGGCGCAGGCGCAGCGGCCGCGGAGCCCCACGCCCCGGGACCCCAGGGACCCGCGUCCAGUCAUAGAUCUGUCCACGUCCAGUGGGAGUCCACAGGGUCCAUACGCGUCGCCGGUGUAUACGAGCGCGGGCGGCGGCAGCGGCGGCGCGAGGGGCAGCCCCCAGCCGGGGGCUUCGCCCCAGCUCACCGCCAGCCCCCAGGUGCCCAGCCCGCAGGGGCAGACCCUCGAUCUUAGCGUGUCACGUUUACCACAUAGUCGCAGUUUCCCUGGUGGCGUCUCGUACAGUCGAGAGUCAACGCCAGACAGUGGUGGUAGUCAUCCGUACUUAGAAGCAUACCAUCGAGACACUGCUGGUGUCAGUCCACACCCAGUGGCUGGGUACGGCCUAGCCCAGCCGGACUACGCAGCAGCAGCCGCAGCGGCAGGCUACGGCGGUUACCAGUACCAGUGCGGCGCAUACCCCCCACCGCCUGCCUACCCGCCGCACGCGCCGCCCUACUCGCCGCCCUGCUACAUGCCACCGCCGCACGCGCCGCACGACAAACCUAAAGACAGCAGGGCACAGCACAAGGUGUUAGUUGGGCAGUUUUUGUACGAUAAGAUAUACACAUAUUACAAUAUCAGUGCGUGUUUUGUGAGUUCUACGACCAUUGGAAACACCGACAUGAUGCGAAACAGUUUGGAACGCGAGCACAUGCUUAGACUGAUUUGCCGGAUUCAAGAGUCCCGUGGUGAGCUGCCGCCGAAGGCGUUGCAUUGUCCGGUGGAGAACUGCGACGGCUCGGGACACAUCUCGGGCAACUUCUCCUCGCAUCGCAGCCUGUCCGGGUGUCCGCGCGCCGACCGCUCGCAGCUGCAGCCGCACUCCCAGGAGCUGAAGUGUCCGACGCCCGGCUGCGACGGUUCUGGACACGUCACCGGGAACUACUCCUCCCACCGCUCGCUGUCCGGCUGUCCGAGAGCGAACAAGCCCAAGAGUAAGCCGCGAGAUGGACAGGAUUCUGAACCGCUCAGAUGCCCUAUACCGGGCUGUGACGGGUCUGGACACGCUACAGGGAAAUUCUUAUCGCAUCGAAGUGCCUCUGGCUGCCCGAUCGCCAACCGAAACAAGAUGCGAGUGCUUGAAAGCGGCGGCACCGUGGAGCAGCACAAAGCAGCCGUGGCUGCGGCGGCUUCGGCCAUCAAGUUCGAUGGAGUCAACUGCCCCACCCCCGGCUGCGAUGGGUCGAAGAAACCGAAGUACCCAGAUGACAUCACGCCGCUCUACCCCAAACCUUAUUCAGGUAUGGACAUGAAUAUGCAGACCGGCAACGGGGAAGACCUGAUGACCCUCGAGCAGGAGAUCACGGAGCUCCAGCGUGAGAACGCGCGCGUCGAGUCGCAGAUGAUGCGUCUGAAGUCAGACAUCAACGCCAUGGAGACGCAUCUCAGCCACGGAGAAAGGGAAAAUCAGGCCAUUCUUCAGCGGAAUAACAACUUGAACGAGUACUACGAGAGCUUGCGCAACAAUGUGAUCACUCUGCUUGAGCACGUGCGUAUCCCCGGAGGGGGCACGGCGCCGGUAAGCGCUGCUGGGGGCACGCCCGGAGCGCCACCGCCGCCCGGACCCGGCGAAAAGCCAGCCCACGACAACUUCGAUUCUUACCUCACCAAGCUACAAACACUCUGCUCCCCUGAUGGCUACUGUCCCGACGAGAACCGGCCCAUCUACGAAACUGUUAAGAACGCGCUUCAAGACUUUACAGUGCUCCCUACGCCCAUUUAAGGUUCACAAAGCGCCGCUGAUUCCGAACGACAGUGAAUCUAACGUGACGAACAGCGGAGCUUAAUCAGUGAAAUAAAUAAGACUCGUGAAAGUGAUUAUACGUUAUACCAAAGAACAGACGAGAUACUGAAUAAUUUCUUUACAUGACUGUACAGUGCUGAACUUUAGCCUACAGACAUUUAUGUGUUCUACUAUUAGCUAAACGAUGUCUGUUUUGUAAACCGUUGUAUACGAUGUGUGACUUGUUUAUGACGUCACGUCAGCAACUGAAGAUUCAUUCGACUUUUUAUCGAUAAGAUGGACUUAUUAAAUUAAGACCUAAAUAAAUUUUUAAUAUUGUUACUCGUAUGCUUAAAAUUAAUGUAAGUAAUUGUUAGGGAAAGUUUAUACUACUGUAUGUAAGUGAUUUUAGCCCCACAGACGCAUUAAAUGUUCGAUUAUGUAAAUAUUGUACCUAAAUAUCGAUAUAAUAAACGAUUAUGGAAAAAUUCUGGCUACGGCCAAAAUCGGUCAGUAUUAGUGGAAUUCUAAAACAGGCCCUGAAGUGUAUCAACCAAAAAUACAUAGUUUUAAGUGGAAACUGUUAAUCUGUCUAAGUUCUUAUACUGGGAUUGUGCCAAAUGCUUCGAAUCACAGCAGCUCCCAUUCGCUGAUAUUUAAGACUAAAAUAUUGACAUAGAAAUAAUAAACGGUGUAAACAAGAUUAAACUCCUAGGACACUCUAGUCAGUUUUUGUAAAUAAUUGUGAAUAAAUAGUUGUCACGUCAUAGGGACGUUUUUAUUUGUAUUAGGAAAUAACGAGAUCUCAUUAGAUCGAGUAAGUUAAUAAUUCACUCAUUAAUUAAUAACCAAUUUUAGGGAAUAAAUUGAUGAUUUCUUUGUUAGCCAAUGUUCACUUGCUGUGAUUAUGUUAUGACGUGUUACUUAUUUAUUGUUACCUUUACGGAAUGUGAUAGCUUAUUAAACUCGGUUAGUGUUACUUUGCAUACCUUAGUUACGAGCUUAUACAGUGUGCAAUUAUGUUGAGAAUGAUGCUUUUUGUUGUAAUUUUACUCUUUUUUCACUCUUACGAAUCACAUUGGUACACAGAGACGAAUAACAUAUUCACAUUAAAAUACUAAAACCUAUUACUAUGUUACUACUCUGAUUGUCAUAUCCGUUUCUGUAAAAUAUUGAGUAUGUGUUGUUAAAGAGAAUAAAAAUAAUAAAUACCGAAUUUGUCG